AUGAUGGAAGCAAGCAAAGCAGGGGUUUCCGAAGUUGGGGGUGGAAGGGGCGCUCUGGAAGCAGGUACUGUAACAGGCAUUGUUGUUGCUGCCAGGCAGAAGGAGAAUGUGGAGAUGAAGCUAAGCGCACGCCAAAAGAAGGAAUUUCACGAGCUUGUUAGAGAGCUUUUUAGAGUGACAGACAAUGUGACCGGUGCUGUGUUUAGUAAAUCGCAGCAACCGCAGAGCAUUCAGGACAGUAUUUUGAGAGGGCUUAAAGGUUUGGCUCGAAAGUGGAGCUACCCACUUCCAGACCUUUCUACUCGGGCCACCGAGUAUGCAAAUAGGUUGCACAACGACCACGGGAUAGUCAAUGCGGAAGGGGUCGCUCAGGCACCUGAUGCAAAACAGCUCCUGCGGGCCACCGUCACUGGCACAGAAAUGGGCACUCUCGUUGAUUCCACUGAUGUUGUGCUGAAGCCGCUGCCCAAGCGCCCUGGCUUCUUCCGCCGAGAGCUGCAACCUGACUCGGAGCGCUGGCGUGCCAAGGUGCUGAACCUGAUUGCGAGGAUCCAGAGUGUUGCCUCAGUGGAAGAGGUUGAGCACUUCCUUUUCAAGAUCAACCUUUCCUUCUUGGAGUACUCCAGCGAUUUCAGCAGACAAGAACAGGGAGCUGAGGAGUCCCUUGUGGUGACGAUGGCCAAGGACUAUCGAAGCAUAGUCAAAAUCCAGUUUCCGGACCCCGCCUUAAGUGACAUUCAGGAGAGUUUUUUGGGCAUAGUAGGGACGCUCAACUUCCAGGAGAUUGUCACUCGUUUUAUGUUGGAGGACGUUGCGCUGAGUUACCGCCAUGCAUUUGUCAGCCACGCACUAGCAUAUGUUCCAACGGAGCUAGUCGGCGAAGGAUAUUCCGAGAAAGCAAUGAGGGCGGCAAGAGAGUUUCCCUCAGCCAGACACUAUGUCGUUCUUCUGAGCAACCAGCGCUGGAAGCUAUGCUUCGAUUUUCCUCCCCGCUGGCCAUUGAGUGUGGGACAGUUAAGAGCCGUCCUCAUUGAUGCCAGUUCUCAGCAACGUGUUCACAACUCCCUGUUUGAGAAGCUUCAUGAGGCUUUUUUUAAGGACUCCGUGACGACAAGCCAGACGCUUGGGAAGUUUCACCUUGGUUGCGAGAAUCUGGUUCGAGCACACGGGGUUGGCAGCGUCUCCUCCAUGGCUCAGACUGAUCAUGACAUCAGCGGUGCUGAACUGAUGCCCCUCGAGGGCAUCGCUGAGGAUCCCUUGCGAGCAACGUCCCUUCGGCCAGGCCCAGCAUCUGGAGGCAUGCCAACCACGCCCUCCAACACCAGUGUUCGGGACACCAAGCUUUCCACGGGAGCAGGGACGGGGAUCGGAGGGUCCUUGGAAGUGACCCGAGCCGACCUGGACUGCCUGCGCAACCAGCUGGAGCUCAACAACGCCGUCGUCGACUUCUUCGGCAGGUACUUCGAAGAUCAACUAACAAGGGGGCGGAAUAAGCCGCUGGUUAUGAACAUCUUCUUUCUACAGAGGGUGUCCAAGAGCUUCCGUGCCGGGCGCCGCCCUUCUUCUAGGGAGUUGCGAACUCUGCUCGCUUUCCCUGGAGCGAGUGAUUUGUUGCAAAGACCUGUCACGUUGAUCCCCGUGGUUGUCACGUGA